CCUCAAACAGUGAGACCUUCCAACACUUCACUCCACUAUCCAUAUUUCAAAGCCUCGGAAACUGCGACAAGAUUAGAACAACAACAACAAAGAAGAAGAAGAUUCACAAAGCUCACACUGUCUUGUGGGUCGGAGGCAUUCAAGUAGUGGAGCUUUAGAUUACUGCUAGCUCCCUCUCAACUUUGCUCCUAGAAAAGCAGCCAAAUAUGCAAACCCCAAAAGCAAGAAGUGGUGCCUCUGAAGUACCUCAACGGGUAUCCCCCACUCAAAGGGUAACACCGCCUCUAAGGGUAUCCCCAACUCAAAAAGAUUCUCCUCGAGUAGUGCGCCGCCAACUUAAGCCAACUGCUUUGGAGACUGAUCCUGCAUCUACUUCAAAUCAAGCUAGACGUCUAUCUAAAGACAGAAGCCCAAAAGUCAAUGAGAGGCGGUCACCCAGAAGUCCAUUGCCUGAGAAGAAAGGCCCAAGUAGAGUAUCUGAAUUGGAAUCUCAGAUUACUCAACUCCAGGAGGACUUGAAGAAAGCAAACAACGAGCUUCAGUCUUCUGAGUCAUGCAAGAAACAAGCUCAGCAAGAUGCUGAGGAAUCAAAGAAGCAAUUUCUCGCCUUGUCAUCAAAGCUUGAAGAGUCUCAGCAGCAGAUUCCUGAUCUUUGUAUUUCUGAGGAAGCCCGUGUUAUCAAGCUCCAAAAGAUUUCACAAGAAAAAGAUCAAGCAUGGCAGUCAGAGCUUGAGGCUGUCCAGAAGCAGCACUCAGUCGAUGCAGCUGCCUUGGCAUCUGCCAUUGAUGAGAUUGAAAGGCUUAAACUGCAGCUUGAAAUGGUAGCUGUAACUGAGGCUGAUCAGACGAAGCAUGCUGAAUCAGUCAAUGUAGAGCUCCAAAGCUUGAAAGUAAACUUGGCAGAAACUCUUUCACUUGUAGAGAACAUGAAAAACGAAUUGAAUGACUGUAAGGAAGCUGAGGCUCAAGCACAAGCACAGGUUAGUCAAACCCUGCUGCAGCUGGAAUCUGCAAGAAGAACGGUGGAGACACUCAGUUCAGAUGGCAUGAAAGCCAUGGAAGCUUACAACUCGGUUGCUUCUGAGUUAGAUCAGUCAAAAGCGCGGGUAAAUUCACUAGAAGAAAUUGUUGCCAAACUCAAGGCUGAUCUGGAUAAUGUUAGCAGCAACAAUGACCUUGAGCGGGAAUUUGGAGAAAAGCACGAGUCCAUGAGACCAAAUGAGGUCGAGGCAGAGCUUUACAACUUGAAGUCUGAAGUGAAACGACUAAAAUCUACUCUUGAGACUGCUGAGACCAAAUACCAUGAAGAACAAAUUCAGAGCACUGCGCAGAUAAGAAGUGCUCAUGAACUGGUAGAGCAGAUGAGAUCUGCUUCUAGUCAGAGAGAGGAUGAACUGGAGGAUGAACUGAAGAGAACCAAAGCUGGUGUUGAAGCGUUGAAGGCCCACCUAAUGGAUAAGGAAACUGAGUUACAAUGCAUUUCAGAGGAAAACGAGGGGCUGAAUGUGAAGCUUCAGCAGAGCCUGUCAUGCCAGAGAGAGUAUGAACUGGAAAAGGAAGUGAAAGAACUGACAAAACUUGUUUCAGAUUUGAAGGCUCAUGUGAUGGAUAAAGAAACAGAAUUGCAGAGUAUAUCAGAAGAAAAUGAAAUGCUGCGAGUGGAAAUCAAUAAAACCGAAAUGGACAAGAACAAAGCGAAUGAGGAGGUAGUGGCAGAAGUACAGGCAGCAAGAUGUGCCGAGAGAGAGGCUCUCAUGAAACUUGGAAUUGUGAUGGAGGAGGCAGAUAAGAGCAGCAAGAAGGUAGCAAGGGUGACUGAACAGCUGGAGGCAGCACAGGCGGCCAGUGCAGAAUUGGAGGCGGAACUGAGAAAGCUGAAGGUGCAGUCUGGCCAGUGGAGGAAAGCUGCUGAGGCAGCUGCAGCCAUACUUUCCUCAGGGAACGGCAAGAUCAUGGAGAGAACUGUAUCCAUGGAUAGCAACUAUCAUGUUCCUGGAAAGCUUGGCUCACCGUACUCAGAAGAUAUGGAUGACGAGAUGCUGAAAAAGAAAAAUGGGAACAUGCUGAAGAAGAUUGGUGUCUUUUGGAAGAAGCCACAGAAAUAGAAAUUCUGCCAGGCAGAUGUGGUUUUGGGUACACUGAAGUCAUUUGGUUUAGCUGCAGGUAAUUUGCUGAGGCUACUAUAAUUAGUGUGGUGGCUAUGUACUACACAGAUGAUGAUUAUUUUGGUUCAUUCUGUUCUACCAGAGUACUGUAAUGAUGAAUUUUCUCUGCUUUAUGGAUAUUGAGCUGUUAAGCCAUUAGUUAUCGAAGGUACAUGGUACUGUGUAUGUA